ACCUGGUCCCUCUUGAAGCUAACACACCAACACCAACAUCCACAUUCAGGUUUUACAGUAAACAUUAUUAGCUAAGAAAAAAUUUGACUUCAGUCGCCUGAGGUACUGAGGGUUUUUUAAACAUAAUCAGGAUGAAGCUGGAUUCAAUUGGUGGCAGUUAGACGUCAUUUGGAUAUUUUUGUGUUCCACUGUGAGGACACACAGAUACUGAAAUGAGCAACUUUGAGCAGAUCCUGAUGGAGAUUGGGGAGUUUGGUUUAUUUCAAAAACUUUUAGUCGCUGCAUUAUGCAUCCCCAGCAUUUUUUUAGCCUUUGAUUUGAUCGGUCAGGUGUUCACAGGUAUGAACUUCCCACAUCACUGCAACACUGACUGGAUCUUUGCCCAAGCGACCAACCUGACGGAGGAGAGACAGAAAAAUCUCGCCAUUCCUCUGAACGACGAUGGAAAAUAUGAAAGCUGUGAAAUGUUCACACCAGUGGAUUUGGAAACUAGUGAAGCAUAUGGGGUUAACGCGACGACAGGAUGUAUAAACGGAUCAGUUUAUGAGACGCCCAAAGGUGCUUCCAGCAUUGUCACUGAGUUUGAUUUGGUGUGUGACAGGAGCAGUUUCAUUGAGAUCUCGCAGUCCGUCUACAUGGCCGGUCUCUUGUUUGGAGCAGUGGUGUUUGGACUGAUGGCUGACAGGUUCGGUCGACGCUUCGUGGUCCUCCUCUCACACCAGCUGCUGCUGUGUGGUGUUGCCGCUGCUUUCUCACCCAACGUCUAUGUUUAUAUGGUUUUAAAAUUCUUGUCUGGCAUCGCAGUUUCUGGUAUUCUUAAUACUGUUUUUGUCAUCGGUGCAGAAUGGACCGAUUCUUCCAAGUUUGCUCUGUGUACCAUUAUCUGCCAAUCUACAUUCUCUCUUGGACUGAUGAUCAUAUCUGGCGUUGCCUAUUUGGUCCGUAACUGGAGGAUCCUGCAGCUGGUGCUCUACUGCCCUCUUGUCCUCGUCCUGGGACUCUUUUACUUGAUUCUUCCAGAGUCGGCUCGCUGGCUCAUCACCCACGGCAAGAAGGAGGAAGCCAUAAAGGAGAUCCAGAGAGCAGCUAAGAUGAAUGGGAGGAAGGUCCCAGAAGACUUAUUGAAUCAGGUGGAGCUUGUGGAAAGGUCCAAAAGACGAAGCAUGUUGGACAUCUUCAGAAUCUCAUAUCUGAGAAAGCGGGCUCUCAUCAUGAGCUACAUCUGGUUUGCAGCAAUUCUGGUGUACUACGGACUGAGCCUGAGUGUUGACAAUUUUGGGGUGGACAUCUACGUCACACAAUUCGUCUUUGGUGUAGUAGAAAUUCCCGCACGUCUGGGCUCUUUGCUAUUUAUCCAGUGCUUUGGGAGGAGAAUAAGUCAAGCAGGGGUGCUAUUUCUUGGAGGUUUUGCUUGUCUUGGGAUACUUGUUAUUCCAAAAGAUCUUCCAGUAGUGAUCACAGUCAUAGCUGUGCUAGGAAAAUUUGCGGCAACUGCCUGUUUCGCCAUAAUCUUUGUGUACACUGCAGAACUGUACCCGACUGUGUUAAGGCAGAGUGGUGUGGGUCUGAACUCCAUGUGUGGUCGCUUUGCGGGCGUCCUCGAGCCACUGAUCAGACUCCUGCAGGUCUACCAUUACACCAUCCCCAUGCUGUUCUACGGCAUCCUCUCCAUUGCUGCUGGAGGCUUGUGUUUAUUACUCCCUGAAACCUGCAAUGUUGAACUUCAGGACUACGCUGAACUCGGGAAUCAGGAGAGUGGCACUGCCAAGAUUGUAUCCACAGCAGAAAAGAAAAGAAAAAUAUAAAAC